UCUUUAUUAUUACUUUGUAUUUUCGGUGUGAUGAAUUUUUAUUUAUUUAUUUUUGUAUAUUUCAGUUUUUAACUAAUGCAGAUUUCCAAUGAAAUGUUUGCGAUUAAUCAACGUCGAAUUAUAUAGACUGUGCGUCAAACAAUCAUGAAUUUCAUUGCGUUAUCGACCAAUUGAUUUUGAUGAACACUAAUAUACUCACGAUUUUGCAUAUUUUUUAUACAGAAAAAUGUAUUCUUAGUUGAUAUUUACAGAAUGAAGUCUACAGCUCGACCAGAUUGUGAUAAAAAGUUUCAAGAAGAUCUUGAAAAAGCCCAAGCUUUAAGUUUAGAAACUUUGGCCCUUGAAGAGUUUCGAAAUCGAAAGUUGCAAUCUGAUUCCUCAACGUGUCGCGAAAAAGCUGUAGUAUCAACAUCUAAAUGUCAGACACGGUCUAUGUCUCUUUCAGAAAGAACUGUUUACUGUAACGAUUUAUCUAGAUCACGGCCCAGACCCGGAUCAUUUAAUACAGGUGAACCAUUAUUACCACGUAUUAAACCACCACCUCGACGUAAUACUACUGUCAUUCCAAAAAGUUGUACUAAUGAUUCAAUCAAAGAUUUAUUUAGUCUUGAUUCACCACCAAUUGAUGAUCUCAUGAAAAAUGAAGAACCGUUUAAUUUUUUAGAUGGGAAUAAAAAGCCACAUACAAGCGACAUCAAUUCAACAUUUCAGAACCUAUGUGUUAAUAUAAACACAUCAAAUAUUAUUUCCAAUCAAAGUCAGUUUAGUGGGUCACAUGAUCUUACACAAAAUUUAGAUGUGUUGUAUCAAAGUUAUUUUCCCCCAACCAAUUUCACUGGAUAUCCAUCUUCUGGUUACCAAACGCCAGUUCCUUCUCAAAAUGUUUGGCGAGGACAAAACAACAGCUGUUGCUCUACUACUAAUGUUACUCAAACCCAACACUUAACAAGUAGUGCUAAUAAUUUAGAAACACAAACUUCAUUAGUUGGGAUGAAACAAGAUAUUUUUGCUCCAAACAUUAUAAAAAAACAAAACAACAAUAAUCUCAUUGAUUUGAAUUUUUUUGAUAGUAUAGAAAAUCCAAAAGAAAAUAUUGCAACAAAUGUUAGAACUAGUGUUCUUGAAGCAUUUGAUCCACUUCUUUAUGGACAAACAAAUAUAAGUUCUUCUAUUAAAGAAGAUCAAGUAGAUAAAAAUGAAUCAUUAUAUGCUACGUAUGAUCCAUUCGAUUACAUGUAUUCUCCUUCAGUCUUAUCUCAAUCAUCAGAUCCAAUAUAUGCAGCUGUUAUAAAGACGCCUAUCAAUUCACCUCCUCCAUUACCACCAAGAAGUUCUUUGACUCCAAAAGAAUCAAAAGUAUGUAAGAGCUUAACUUAUGAAAAUGUAGGUCUAGUAAAACGUCCUUCUGUGUUAUAUGACCCUGACAUGGUAGCAUUUUAUAAUAUGGUUAAACUAGUUAGAAAAAAAUUUGUGUACACGGAUUUAAGCACAAAUGAAGGGAUUAUUGUUUGUUCAAAAUUUGAAAAUAACCUUCAUCAAAAUACCAGUACUAAAUUUGUAGUUCACUGUGAACCUAUUAGAAAAACACCAAUUAUUUUUACUUGUGAUGUUGGAAGUUGUGUUGAACAUAUCAUAUCACAUGUGAUUUGUGAAUUAGAUUUGGAGGAUGCGCAUCCAAGUGAUUAUUUUCUAAAAGUAAAAAACUAUUUAGAAUAUAUGUUACCGAUGAACACUCCUGUUAUUAAUUUUGAAUGUGUUCAUGAGUCCAUUAAACUUGAUACAGAUGUUGAACUCAUUCUUAUUCAUAAGCAUGAAGUUAUUCGUAUUUAUGCUAGACAGGCACAAGAUGAUGUUUGUGAUAAUGAAUUGGAGCUAAAUGAUUUGUGUCCUAAUGAGCCAUCUCAACCAAUUUCACAUGAUACUAUAAAAAUUCUUUUGGAUACACUCGAUGGUGAAAUACUUAAAAUUCAAGAUCAUGCUGUAUCUUUAUUUAAAAAACGAACCAAUACACCUUUGCAACCUACUGGUCUUCAACAAGCAGUGAAAGCAUUAAUUGCAUUCUUAGGCAAUAUUGAACCAAUGGACAUUACAUUAUCAUUGAAUAAUUUUGUUUUGUCUUGCAAUGAAAUUUCAAAUGUUAUUCAGGAUGUGUAUGGUUCACGUACUGAAGUGAUUUCAGAUGAGGGUUCUGAUUAUUCUGUUGUCAGGUUAAAAUUCAAUGAAACUGAAAAAGUAGAUCAUAUUACUAAUGUGUGUUUAAAAAUAAAAGAAAAUGUAUUAACUUUAAUUGAAAAUUAUUGUAAAGCCUUUAAAGUUGAUUUUCAGUUAAAUUUUAAUUCUUCGCAAUUGACAGGUACUAAACUAUCCUCAAAAAUUCCUGAUAAUAUUGUGAUUUAUAUAAGCUGUUUGCAUCGUUUAUUUUCUUCUUGGAGUCAUGAUGAAUACUUAAUUGCUGCUCAAAUAUAUCAUGGAACAAGACCAAUUGGCAAUACAGUGCUUUCAAAAGCUGUUACAGCCGAACAUUCAAUUUACAAACGAGUUGUAUUUGAUUCAUGGUUAGAAUUUGACAAUAUGAACAUAUGUUUGCUACCUAGAGAGAGCCGUUUAGUUUUAGUGGUUUAUGGGAGAACAUUUAACACAGAAAGCCAAGAUACAUCAGCUACAAUUUCACAAACAGAACUUGGCUGGGCUUCCAUACAGUUUUUCAAUGUUGAUGGAGAAUUCUCUCAAGGCAAACAUUUAUUAUCGCUCUGGCCUUCAUGUGCUGAUAAACGCCUUGGUCCAGCUCCAGCACCUGGUACACAUCCUUAUAGUCAUUCACAUCCAGUUUUAAGUAUUGAAAUUCAAGAGUUUGACUCAAGAAUAAUAUUUCCUCCUACAUUUCAAGAUGAUCAUAUAAUUAAAAGUGAUAAAUUUGAUUUCACAAGCUUAGAUUUAAAUACUCAAGAACAGCUUUUAGAUAUAAUUUAUCAAGAUACAUUUACUAGACCAUUGUCAGAAGAUAGAGAAGUUUUGUGGGAAAAAAGAUACUAUUUGUUAUCAAAACCUAAAGCUUUACCUAAGGUAUUAUUAGCUGCUCACAGUUGGGAUUAUGCAUGCUUAGCUGAUCUCCAUUCAAUGCUUAAAUCUUGGUCACCUAUCGAACCUUUAGAUGCAUUACAAUUAUUCUUACCAUGCUUUCCAGACAAUGAAGUACGUCGUUUGGCUGUUAAGCGAAUAAGAUUGCUAAGUAAUGAUCAACUCAUUGAUUUUCUUCCUGAAUUAGUUCAGGCAUUAAAACAUGAAACAUACGAUGAUUCUCCAUUGGCUGAGUUUUUAUUAGAGAAGGCUCUAUCAUCACCUACAAUUGCACAUAAUCUUUAUUGGUUUCUUAUACAACCACUUCCAGGACAAUCACCUCAGAACUCUUGUGAUGUUCAUAGUCCUGAUGAUAAAACAGUGAGUGAGGCACGGUAUUAUAGAAGAUUGCAGUUACUAUUAAGGGCAUUGAUUGCAACUUGUGGUGAAGCACUUAGAAAAUGUUUUUUAUCUCAACAACUUUUGAUGAAGGAAUUAUAUGAUACUGCUGAACAUGUUAAAGUGAGUAAAGAAUCUCUUAGACUUAAAGUACUGAUCCAAGAUUUAACCAACAUUGAUCAAAGUUUACAUGAUAUACCUACAUGUCUACCACUAAGUCCAAGUAUGCAAGUUUGUGGAAUACAAACAAAAUCUUGUUAUUAUUUUCCAUCUAAUACUUUGCCCUUGAAAAUCAAUUUUAAUUGCUUGGAAUCCAAUGUUACUAUUCCAGCUAUUUUUAAGGUUGGAGAUGAUUUACAACAAGAUAUGUUAACCAUUCAGAUUAUAAGGUUAAUGGACAAACUUUGGCUAAAAGAAGGAUUAGACUUGAAAAUGGUAACAUUCACAUGUGUUCCAACUGGCGAAAAAAGAGGAAUGAUUGAAAUGGUUACAAAUGCAGAAACUUUGAGAAAAAUCCAAGUCGAAUUAGGAUUGACUGGAUCAUUCAAAGACAGACCUAUAGCAGAAUGGUUGGCCAAACAUAAUCCAUCUGCACUAGAAUAUGAAAGAGCAGUUGCUAAUUUUACAGCAUCAUGUGCUGGAUACAGUGUUGCUACUUAUAUACUUGGAAUAUGUGAUCGUCAUAAUGAUAAUAUAAUGAUGAAAACUACUGGACAUCUAUUUCAUAUCGAUUUUGGUAAAUUUUUGGGAGAUGCACAAACUUUUGGGAACUUUAAAAGAGAUCGUACUCCUUUUGUUUUGACUUCUGAUAUGGUGUAUGUGAUAAAUGGUGGUGAUAAACCAUCAACUAAGUUUCAACAUUUUGUUGAUACUUGUGUUCAAGCAUUCAAUAUUGUUCGAAAACAUGGAAAUUUGUUAUUGAAUUUAUUUGGAUUGAUGGCAUCUUCUGGGAUACCUGGUGUAACAAUGGAUGCUGUAAAUUAUGUGCAAAAAGCUCUUCUUCCUGAAUUGUCUAAUCCAGAAGCAGCGGCUUCUUUUGCUCGUAUGAUCGAAAAUUCAAUUAAAUCACGUUUUACUCAGUUCAAUUUUUUCUUGCAUAAUUUAGCUCAAAUGCGAUUUAAUAGUGAACAAAAUGGUACUGAAUUGCUGAGUUUUGUUCCAAAAGUAUACACAAUGGCACAAGAAGGAAAGAUUGUUUGUGUAGAAGUAUAUGGUUGUCAAAAACGAUAUGAUCCUGAAAAGUAUUACGUAUAUAUUCUAAAAGUUUUUCGUGAAAAUCAAAGGGAUCCUUCGUUUCUAUUUAGAUCAUACAAAGAACUAUCAGAAUUUCAACAAAAACUCUUAUUAUUAUUUCCAUUGGCAAAAUUUUUAAGCUUAUUAAACACUAGUAUUCAUAUGGGGCGAUCACAUAUCAAACAAGUAGCUGAAAAAAGACGGGUGGAAAUUCAAAAUUUUUUGAAUACACUAUUUCAAAUGGCUCCUGAAGUGAACCAAUCGGAUUUAGUCUAUACAUUUUUCCAUCCGCUUUUAAGAGAUCAACAAGAAGCUAGUAUUGAAGAUUCAAAAUUAAAAGAACCAAAGCAACAAGCAUUUGUCAGGGAGAAUCGUAUUUUAGGUCAAUUAAAGUUGACUUUACAUUAUCAACGUGGAGCAUUUAUGAUAAUGGUUCAUCAUGCCAAAGAUUUGCCACGUCUCGCGGGAAAUCAGGAACCAUCAACAUAUGUAAAAGUGUAUUUGUUACCCGACCAUAAUAAAGCAACUAAAAGAAAAACAAAAGUUGUCAAAAAAAAUUGUUAUCCAUCAUUCAUGGAAAUGUUGGAAUACAGAAUGCCACUGGAUGUUGUUCAGUAUAAAAUUUUACAAGCCACUAUAUGGAGUCAUGAUUCAUUGCAAGAAAAUGAAUUUUUAGGAGGAAUUAUCAUAGAACUAUGUAACAUCAAUCUGACAUCAGAGACUACAUCUUGGUACAAUUUGUCUAACGUUCAUAGAUGACAUCGAAGUGUUAUUAUGAUCUGUUGAAUUUAGCCCAUUGUGAUUUAUAUUGUUAUUUUUAUUUUUAUAGCUAUUUGUUUUCCAGCCUUAAAACUAACAUUUUUUAAUGGUUUUCAAAAUGAACUUGUUAAUGAUAUUUUUAAUUCAAUAUUUAUUAUCUGUUUUGUAAAUCUUUGGGUUUUCAAUUGUGUUUUGGUGAUGGGUUUGAGUUCACUUCCUUUUCUAAUUUAUGUAUUGAUUAAUUUUAUUACUUUUAUUAUUGAUUGAGUAUUUUUUGCAUAAAAAUAUUGGCAUG